CUCCUCCUCCCUCAAUCAGGCUUUAUAAAUGAGAGAGCAAGGCUCCAGUUGCUCCCGGUGUGAGCCCAGACGAGCUGCUGCGUUUUCAAGGCGUCUCUUUUUCCAGUGAAUUUUCUAAUUUAAACCGAGAGGGCCGGAGUGCACAGAGGAUGCAGCGGACGAGAUUGAUGCCGUCACUGAUCCACACGGGACGAAAUACUUCUGAAAAUAACUGACAAUUUGACAAGGAGUGCUUCACUUUAAAAUCAAUCAAUCCAUAUAUUCAAAUAUAUAUAUUGGACUUUUGAGAUCCGGACUGUACGUCUCCACUGCAGCGCCAUGUGUGCGUUGCUGCCAGCGUGGAUGUGCCUGCUGCUCGGUCUGCUGCCUCUGGAGGUCCAGUCCCGGGCUUUGACACUGCAAAGCCUCCCUCACAGACCGAGAGCCUCGAAAUACCCAAAGUCUAUAAACACCGCCAUCAUGCCUCCUGCGUCUGAUCUCUCUGCUGCCGUUGACGACCACAUCACCGAGGGAGACGGACAUGUCAUCUGGAGGGCCCUGCUGCACAAAGAGCCCCCGCCAAGGUGGUCCGGUGCGUUGCUCGACCAGAGAGACAUGGUGCUUUGGGAAGCGCCGGUCUGGCAGCAUGGGUCACGAGGUCGUCGUCACGCCAACGGUGGUGGCGGGAGAGGGCACGGCCAUCUGAUGAGGGUGGGGUGUGUCCUCGGCACCUGUCAGGUUCAGAACCUCAGCCACCGUCUCUACCAGCUAAUUGGACAGAGUGGGAGGGAAGACUCCGCCCCCAUCAACCCUCGCAGUCCUCACAGCUACGGCUAACACCACACCAGGAGUCUACCGAUGCCUUUACCGUCAAACACUGGCAAGCUAGCCACGUCAUUGGCUGCAUCAACGACACAGUUAGGGCCCAAAAUGAGCCUUCGAUGUCGGUCCUUGCAACCCUGUCUCCGAGAGAUAAUAGUUUGUCCCGGAUAUUUUUCACAAUUGCGUCGUGAUGACAAAAGUAGUCUCUGGCUGGAUUACAUCCCGCAAGUUUCUUUGAAUAGAUGAAGCAGGUAUACAAUAUCUGCCUGCAAUAUCGGAUAUUAUGUUCGCAAACAAAUAGAAUAUGUUGUCAGAGUUGUCAGUAUUAUUACAUUUUUUCAAUACGCAUAUAAAAAGUAAACCAUGAAGCAUUUAUUUCCCCCCAAAACACAUGUUGAGUAAUAUAGUGUAAAAGGUAUCAUUUCAAAGAAACAGGGUUGGUCCUUGAAGUAGCAUCUGAUCUUGGCUGCCGAGUCGGAAAAGUAUGAUUAUGGUUAAUUACGACUUCUCAUCUCUCAUCUCUGUAGGUUUGAUCGUCCCCCUCAUUGUAAUUAAAUUAACUGCUGAGAUCUGGGAAUUUGACGGAUCAAAAAAUGCGGACAGAUUUUAAAUAAACGUCCAAUUAGCCAAUUUGGGGGAACAAAGGGGAAAAGUAGAAUUAUCAGCCAAACUGCCAACUGGUGUAGAUAUCCAUCACAGUCUGCAGGAAACUUGCAAGACCGGGGUCACAGGACAAAGAGCACAUGACCCUUGCUUUGCAUGUUGUAUUGGUGCCUCAAGAUUCGCUCCACAGUUUAUACGCCAGCUUCCUGGUUCAAUCUAUUAUCACCAACAUGUCAUGCAUGCUCACUUUUGCAAAUUAAGUGGUUUCAAUAAUCUGUCUGAAUUUGUGGCUCGUUUGAUCAUUUAAUUGAGAAGAAACAUUGAGUUUCUAGCCCCAUCAGACUCUGAUGUCGUGGCGAUACAUUGUUUUCAGAUCUAAGAAAUUAUUCUGUCCAAAAAUGUAUUUUACUAAACCGAAAUGAGUGUAUUGUUGAACUACAGCCUCUCGUUCCAUGGAGGUGUUGGAUAACACAAAUGGGAGAUUUCAUUAGUGUUAUUGACCAUCACUGCCAAUUUACUGCAGUGAAACUAGAGCCCAGGUGCUUUGGCAUUCAUACAAUACGAACCAUUUAGACACUAUGCAACUGGAGAUGAGAGAAGCCUCUUCCCUCCUGGCCUACAUAACUAAUGUCUACUCUCGUCAUCAAUGGUGAUCCUGCUGGUCUCAAGCUACUUGAGCUCAGAGCUAAUCCACCAUGUCUCUUAAAAAGACCUUCAUCUUCAUCUUGUAGCUUUACUUCCGUGCGAACAGAAACCCAAAAUAACCUCCAAUCAAACCACGUUAACCCUUCACCCAAAACCCCACAAACACAAUUAGUCAAAAUAACCACUAACUCUAAUCCAUGAUCUGUCGGGAUGCAUCUUAACAUCUCUGAACAAGGACAGCUUUACUGUUCACCGCCGUGUAAACUAUAAAUCUAUGACGCAUUAUUUUUAUUUUUGCCACUAUAUGGUCGGUUUUUCAGCCUUAAUUUCUUUAAUCAUUUCUUUAAUUUAUUAAAGAAUAAAUUAAUGCCUUGUUGUGUUUUGCCUUAUAACUAUUCAAAUUAAUCAUCACUGUGAAUGUUUACUAUUAAAGUGUUAUUUAAAGCUU